ACACACACACACACACACACACACACACUCUCUUCCCAUGUGUGUCCAUGCGUUUCAUUCUAGGGCUCUGUACUCUGUCCAACAGGUGCCCACACAGCGAAGCAUAGCAACAGCAAUUACAAGGCAAUACUUUCCGUAAAUCUGUGUGUCUAAGUAACAUAGUGAGACGUCGAGUAUUCCCUUGUGUCCUUUGUGGAAAAGCUAAACAAACUUGCAUAUUGUUAUUAUUUUCUCUUGAGACACCCGUAUCAUCUUAACUUAACAUCUUAAUUUGCUAUUUGGCAAAAGGGUCAUGAACAAUUUUGAUUUGGCAAUAUACAAAAAUAUGUAUGAGCCACCCUAACCACACAUGGUUGUGAAAGGAAGGAAGGAUUGUUUUUUUUCAAUAUUCUGUUUUUAUAGUCCUCCUUAUAUAUUUAACUUUUUCUGCAUGCCUCUCUGUCCCUCAACUUUGCUAGUUGACUUGGUAUGACAAGGCCCAGCUUCGAAUUGGGGGAAAGCAGACAAGCGGCUGGGCUUCGGCUGUGGUCCGUUAGUGAAGCCAUAUAUUAUAAUAUAAUGCCUAUGUGUGAAUGGUAUCAAACAAAAAAAGGAGGAAGCAAGCUCUCUGCUCGGGAUUCAGAGUGACGCUUUGAUAAUUCUGAGUAAUGCCCCAUUGUUACAUGAUUUAUAUAGGCGGGUUUAGGUAUCGCUGUGCUGCUAGCUGGUUGAGCAGCACUAAUAGAUGGCCAGUUGACUGUGGCAAAUGGUGCUCUGCAGAUCAGUCUUAAGACCCACAUCAGUAGCAGUGUGUGCUAAAAGCACACGUCCUUUGAUGGUGUGUCACACGCAAACACAGGCAGGCACACACAGGCACAGACGUGAGGGUGUGAGAUCAUGGUCUUGCUGUCUCUCAUCCUGAAUUUAGGCAUGAGACUGAGUUGUCUGUGUUGGCAUAUCUACAGGACUGAAUUGUGAGGCAAGAGGCUUUGAUCGUUCGUUGGGCAUCAACGCUCGCAUGUUUUGCGGGAAGCAGAUCCAGUGUCACGCGAAGUGGUUUGGGGCUGUCCCGGCAAAUCUUUUCUCAGAUUGAAUCAUUUAUGUUAAAAGGGAACUAGCCUUCCCUGUCUGGAGGCAAGGGGGGGAAUUGCGUAUCAGCAAAACAAGUGCAUACGUUUCUGUAAGCAUCUGCGAAUGUGAAACCGAGAGCCGUUUGUAAUCCUGUACUGCAAAAUGGGACAUGCUUAGAGACCCGCUGUGUGUGGUUUUAAGUGAAUAUGGAUGUCUUAAUGUACUGCCACAGUGCUUCUUCUCCUUUUCUCUCCUUCUCCGUCUUCCAUAUAAUUAGUUUUGUUAUGGAUAUGAUUGUAUUGGGAUGGAUCAAGAACCCAUCAUAUCUAAUUGAAUCUUGUACAAGAAGAAACAUGUGAAUAGGAGUCGACAGAAGUGGCUAUAUUUUUCAAUGCGGGCAUGCACUUACGCAUGAGUAAAUAUGUGCUCACAUUGGGUUUUUUUGGAUGUCCAGUCAGAGAAUUGUGGCUCACACUUAUUUUCCAUUCCUUCCUUUGCGUGCCUCGACUUGUAUCGGCACACUCAACCUAUAUCACAUUUUCACUGUUAUGUGGGGUGUGGGUACUUCCUGUGUGCCUUCUGCUUAACAAUACCAAAGAAGAAGGAAGAGGGGCCGAGAGGGCAGCGACACAAUAACAAAGCAGCCGGUGUGUGUGUGUGUGUGUGUGUGUGUGUGUGUGUGUGUGUGUGUGUGUGUGUGUGUGUGUGUGUGUGUGUGUGUGUGUGUGUGUGUGUGUGUGUGUGUGUGUUUGCACGUUUGCGUGCACAUCUGUGAGAGAGGGGACAGCCCACCGGCUACAUGGAGAGCGCCCUGUCCUACAGCACCAUUGAAGACCUCCAGCUACUGGCCUGGGACAACGCCCCCAAAUACUGCGUACAGCUCAGCUUCCCUGGAGGAACUGUCCUGCUGCAGGCUUCCAACAGCUACCUGAGGGACCAGUGGUUUCACUCCCUGCAGUGGAAGAAAAAGAUCUACAAGUACCGCAAGGUGCUGAACAACCCCAGUCGGUGGGACGUGGUGCUGAAGGAGAUCCGUGCGCUGGUGGACAUGGCGCUGACCUCGCCGCUGCAGGACGAGUCCAUCCACCAGGCCCCACUGCACAUCAUCUCCACCCUGCUGGCCGAGAAUACGAAACUCAGCAGUCAAGAUCAUGAAAAUAUCAUUGUGGCAAUUGCUCCUCUCCUCGAAAACAACCACCCGCCACCUGACCUGUGUGAAUUCUUCUGCAAGCACUGCCGCCAGAGGCCGCGGUCCAUGGUAGUGAUCGAGGUGUUCACCCCCGUGGUCCAGAGAAUACUCAAACACAACAUGGACUUUGGGAAGUGUCCCAGGCUGCGCCUCUUCACUCAGGAGUACAUCCUGGCUCUGAACGAGCUCAACGCUGGGAUGGAGGUGGUGAAGAAGUUUGUUCAUAGCAUGCACGGGCCGACAGGACAGUGCCCGCACCCCCGUGUCCUCCCCAACCUGGUGGCGGUCUGCCUCGCCGCCAUCUACUCCUGCUACGAGGAGUUCAUCAACAGCCGGGACAACUCCCCCAGCCUGAAGGAGAUCCGGAACGGCUGCCAGCAGCAGAACGACCGCAAGCCGCCCAUGCCGCUCCGCCUGCUGCGCCCCGAGCCCCCCGCCCCGCCCCCCGCCGUCGGCCCCCUGCUCCCUCUGACCGCCGCCCACCCGGGGGGCCCUCCCCCGGAGCCCCAGCCCCCGCCGGCCCUCGCCCCGCUCUCCAACGGCAACCACGCCCCCGCCGCCGCCGCGCAGGCUCCCGUCCCCCAGGCCCCGCCCUCCGACGCGCAACCCGCCGGCCCCCCUCCCGCCGGCCCCGCCCCCCUCCCCGUCCAGAGCCCCGCCUCGCCGGCCCCCUCCGUCGUCAACUCCAGCGAGAUCCUGGUGGAGCUGGAGCGCAGCAACAACUCGGCCAACGCGCGGCAGAAGGCGGCGGGCCGCGGGGGCGGAGCCGGGGGCCGCGGCGGGGGCGGGGACAGCGUGCCCAGCCUCAUCGACUGCCUGCUGGUCAGCCCCGCCCUCAGCACGCUCUCCAUCCAGCUGCCGGCGCAGGCGGACCGCGUGCUGGGCUGCUUCGCCCUCAUCCUCAAGAUGCUAUCAGACUAUGACGACUGGCGGCCAGCUCUUGCCAGCCUUCUGCAGCCCAUUCCCUUUCCGAAAGAGGCCCUUGCACAUGCCAAAUUCACAAAGGAACUGAAAUAUGUCAUUCAGAGGUUUGCAGAAGACCCAAGGCAGGAGGUCCACUCCUGUCUCCUUAGCGUUCGCUCGGGGAAGGAUGGCUGGUUCCAGUUGUACAGCCCUGGAGGCGUUGCCUGUGACGACGAUGGGGAGCUGUUUGCUAGCAUGGUCCACAUUCUUAUGGGUUCCUGCUACAAGACCAAGAAGUUCCUGCUGUCUCUGGCUGAGAACAAGCUGGGCCCAUGCAUGCUGCUGGCCCUGAGAGGGAACCAGACGAUGGUGGAGAUCCUGUGUCUGAUGCUGGAGUACAACAUCAUGGAGAACAAGGACACCCAGCUGCAGAUCAUCUCCACGCUGGAGAGCACCCAGACGGGCCUGCGCAUGUAUGAGCAGCUCUGUGACCGGCAGAGAGAGCUCAAAGAGCUGCAAAGAAAAGGAGGACCCACGCGCCUGACCCUCCCCUCCAAAUCCACAGACGCCGACCUGGCCCGCCUGCUGAGCUCCGGCUCCUUCGGCAACCUGGAGAACCUCAGCCUGGCCUUCACCAACGUCACCAGUGCCUGCGCCGAGCAGCUCAUCAAGCUGCCCUCGCUCAAGCAGCUCAACCUGUGGUCCACCCAGUUUGGAGACUCAGGGCUGCGGCUGCUGUCAGAACACCUGGCCUGCCUCCAGGUGCUGAACCUGUGUGAGACACCUGUCACCGACGCCGGCCUCCUGGCUCUCAGCUCCAUGAAGAGCCUCUGCAGCCUGAACAUGAACAGCACCAAGCUGACCGUGGACACGUACGAGGACCUCAAGGCCAAACUGCCAAAUCUGAAGGAAGUGGACGUCCGCUACACCGAGGCUUGGUGAUCCACUAUGCUCUCACCAGUUCUAAACACACUCACACACAGUCACACACACGCACGCACACGCCCACACACACACACACGCACACACAUCCGUGGAUAAACCAAUCAAGCUGUGUGGUGUCCUCCUGCCUCUACGCCAUCACUUCAUCAUUAUCAUCAUCGUCGUCGUCGUCGUCGUCAUCAUCAUCAUGGCCGUCGCCAGGCCACCGACACUUUGACGUCACCCUCAUAUCAUCCCUCCAGACAGCGCGUCGGUCGGAAGGGAGCUUCCGCCGCCUGCAAGGUCGACCCACAGUCGACUCCUCGCCAGGGGUAGCGGCAAAGAAAAUGUUGUGUUCUUUUUUCUUUUUUUUUUACACAAACAAACCAAUCCCCCUGAACAUCGGUGGAGCUUGCGCCGUCCACAUCAUAAUCAGGGGACAAGGAUGACCCUUCCCGGUAAGGAGUCCUACAUGGGCGCCUUAGCUCAUCCCUCCCCCUUUCCCCCCCCCCCCCCCUCUCCCCUUAGCCCUGCCAACACGCCACAUCACAGUCACUCACUCCUCUGAGGAAAAUGAGGAAACGCUGAAAAGGCCAUGUGUCCUCGUUCAUAUCCCCACCUGGUUGCUAUUAUUCUAUGAUUAUUGUUCCGUUUAAAGGUCCUCCACACCCUUGUGGGAUGACAGCCAGAUUAAGCAAUUCACAUUCCAGUAUCUUUUUUGAUAUGGUCUCCUAUCUGUUCCAGAUGUAGCUCUCUCUCGCUCUCUCUCUCUCUCUCUCUCUCUCUCUCUCUCUCGCUCUCUCUCUCUCUCGCUCUCUCUCUCUCUGUCUCUCUCUCUCUCUCUCUCUCUCUCUCUCUCUCUCUCUCUCUCUCUCUCUCUCUCUCUGUGUGGACAACCUCUGGCCCAUUGAGGUUUCUUGUAAGCGAUUCUGAAUAAGCCUCCCCCCCCCCCCCCUCCCAGUUGUUGAGAACUUCGACGAACGGAACGGAACAGCUACAGGACGGACGCCUAUUCCUCUUCCAGAAAACAAAAACUGAAAACAAAACUCAGACAAUUUGUAUCAACACGAAUGAGCCUAUUUUUCCAAGCAUCUGUGGUUUCAUAUAUGGUGUGUUUCAAAUAUCUAUAUGAUACUCUGGACCCAGCUUUAUCAGACGAAGAAGCAGGAUUUUAGGUCGCUUGGCUUUUGGUUGGGAAAAAAAAGAGACAAACAAGACGACAACCACGACUGAAUAGAUUGUUUCGUUCCUUUUAACUUUAGUAACCCGUUCUCAGUGUAAAUAUGAAUAAUGAACUCCCGUGCUAAUGGUUAUGUAGCAGUGGCCGGGUGGUCUGGGACCACCCUCUAUUUAUGAGUUCCCUUUCUAGAAUGUCCUUUUCCAAUGUUGUCAAUCGUCCCCUAACAGUUCCAGUAACUCAGACCAGGCCCUGUUGUCCUUCUGGGGGGGGGGGGGGGGGGGGGUAGUUUACGGGGAGGAUGGCCAACAUAAAAAAACCCGUUCUGUACAGUCAACGGUAUUGAUUAUUGUUCAGCGGCCUCUUCCCCAGCUCAACCUUUGUACAUUCUUAUGUUUGCUGCCAAUUUUUGGGCUUCUUUAUAAAAUGGGGGGGGGGGGGGUCUGUUGUGUAAAGGAUUUGGCCUUAGGAAAGACAUUUGCCAAGAAACAAAAAAACAAAACUGCAUUGGAGUCUCUUUCUCUUUCGAGGACUAACACGAGUUGUAAGCCUUCGUCUCCGGUCUCUCUUGAGUCUGUGGAUCAGCGCCGAUCUGGGGGGACUGUGUUUGACAGUAGGAACUUUGGAACAUUUCACUAACCCACGCGCUGGUCCCGGUACGGACAUGGGGCCUUUGGAGACGGAGGGAUGCACUUUCCUUUGUGAGAAGGCCGGAGAAGAAGACGUUCUCUGUGUGUUUCUAGUGGGAAUCUGUACAAUUGUUGUAUUUAUAGAUAUUUCCGGUGACCACAAGAAGCUGGGGCUGUUUAGUUUAGCUUGCUGGUUUCACUUUUUUUCUUUGGGGGGGGGGGAGGCUGUUUUUUUUUUUUUUUACUCUCAGUAUAAAAAAGAAAUAUUUAGGAGAUGUUUUCUGAAUCUUUCAGAAGUUAUUGGAGAUCACCUAAAGUCGAGUCAUAAUUCAAUAGCUAUAGCAUUGACAAUGCUGCCGAUUGGUUGGGGAACCCUGUUCAACUUUUGUGACAUUGUCACACCAAAAUUGUACCGGGGGUGAAAAUUGUACCGCCUACGUCAUCGCGUCGAACGAUGACGUAGGAAGGUUCAUGAACAUUCGCGAAUAUUCACGCUCAUUCAUUGAGCGACACAAGACGAAAUAACAUUUAAUGGAUAACACUUAUUUUACAAAUGACAUUUAUUAGCGUUGCUAACUUUAUAUUUGUAUUGUAUUUAAUUGUUUAAUCGCAUUUAGCUAGUAAACUGAGUGUAUUAUUAACACAAGCUAGCUAGACUAUGAUACACUUUAAACACUCAGUUUACUAGCUAAAUUCAAUACAAUACAAAUAUAAAGUAAAAACAAGUGUUAUCUGUAUUAUGUUAUUUUGUCUUUGGCAACAUGAGCGCCAAUGUUUUUUGAAACCUGCCUUGCAACGGACAAUCGCGUUGGGAGAUGACGUAAUGUUUCGAACGCAGAUUACGUAGGCGCUAGGCGGUACAAUUUUCGCCCCGGUACAAUUUUGUUGUGGCAGCAUCAGUCCCUGCAAAACAAGUCAAUUUGUACCCUUCAAAGUGUAAGUUUACUAAUUUAAAAAGCUGUGCAUAAAUACAAACCCGGAUGCUAACCUCCGUUAGGUUACGUUUGAGGACUUGCCAUGUUAGAAUUUGUUCCUUAAAGACAAAAUGAGCAAACUGGCCAUGUAAGGUUUUGUGGUUCCCUAUUUGGGAACUGCAGGGUAAGGUUAGUGAAAAUGCUCACGCUAACACAGGCACCACAUAAAACCAAAAAAUAAUUGGUUCCUUUUUCCAAUGUUUUUGUUUAAUUUUAAUUAUUAUUAUUAUUAUUAUUAUUAUUUUCUUAUUUAUCGGAAUCUGUUUGCUGAAACAGAAUGGUUAAGAGAAGCCAGAAGAGUUGAGAUGCCGUCCACAUGGGUUGUGACAUCAUGCUAUGUUUUAUAUUCACUUUAUUGUGACGGCCGUCUUCGACCUGGCUCUAGGACCUUGUGCUCUUUUCGUAUCCUGUAUAAUGUACAAACAAUUGUAUAUAAUUCUCGCCUUCUUUGCUCUCUCUUUCUCUCUCUCUCUCUCUCUGCCCAGACACAGUAGGCAGCCUCCCCCUCCAUACUCCUCCUAGUUCAUAUCCUCUUUUUUCUUUGUUCUUUCGCCCGCCUACCAUCUUAGGCAGGCUACCGUUGCCUUUUAUCUUAGGAUUUGAAAGUGUGUGUCCAUUACUCUGUUCGUAGUUUUUUUGUUCAUUUUCACACACAAAGUGCACUGUACUCUCGUGUCAUCUAUAAUGUUUGCGACGUGUAACAUAUUUGAACAAGAUAUGUUUUUGUUUUCAACUUGUUUUGAUUUCAUCACUUUAAUCAUGUGUUUUGUCUCCCGUAUCGUUGUUUAGUUUAUGGUUUAUUCAUGUUUAUUUUUGAGGCAUGUACUGUUUUGUUUUUGUGCACCCUCUUUAUUUUUUUGUAUUGUUUUACAAACGGUUUGAAGCACGGAAACGGCCCGGCCCCUUCCUGAUCCGUGUAAACUCAUCACAACCACUGCACGCCACUCAGACCUCCACCUGCUGACACGCGGCCGGGGUACUCGUCUCUGAAGGGCACACGUUAAACCGGGGCUGGGACUCAAUGCACGCAGGGCCCCACACACCCUGAGAAAAAGACACUGUAGCUGGCCCAUGAAGUCCUGUUUGUUGAGCUCAGCGUUGUGAUGGGACAGGGUUUGAUAUCCUUUCCAACCACGUUUGAAGAGAGCCCAUUGGUUGAGAACGCCCGGCCUCGUUUUGCUGCUGUACCCAAUCGGAUUCCCACAUUGCCUCCUAGGAAUAGCUACUGCUAGCGCAGGCUAGGUGAAUGGGGGGGACCUUGAUCUGACCUAUAGAGCAAAGCCAGGGUCCUUGAACAGUGAGUUUGGGUGGGAAGGAUUUUAUUACUGUACAGGGGACAAACUAUUGUUCUACUUACAUAUGGAUACAUAACGCAAACUUUUGUUUUGUCAUAUCCUGUGGAGCUCACAACGCUUUGCUUCUGUUCCAUGUCAUGUCAGGACCACUCUUCCCUCCAGCCUUUCCUUCCCUUCCCUUCUCAGAUUGUCCUCCACCUCUCAUCUCACACACACUUUUAUAUAUCUCUUUGUAAUUAGUGACGAUUUGUUCACUCCAGGGAUUGUUUUGAGAAUUAUGAAAGAACGGUAGUCGCUGACUGUGCUUUAGUCUUAAUGGUCAUGGCAGGGAGCGUGGGACGGUGCAGGAGAACAUAUAUGACGGACUGAAGAAGUAAAGACGACCCCCCCAAUCCAUAGCCUCUUUCCUACGAUUCCCUGUCAAAUAUGCAUCAUGUUUUGAUUUAUGACGGCUGAAAAAGACUGCCAGUCUCUCUCUCUCUCUCUCUCUCUCUCUCUCUCUCUCUCUCUCUCUCUCUCUCUCUCUCUCUCUCUCUCUCUCUCUCUCUCUCUCUCUCUCUCUCGCUUCUUGCUGAGUUAUUAUUGCUGCUGCUGCUCUGUGGCUGUCGUAAUAAGUAAAAAAGAAAAAAAAGAUUUUCAACAGGACAAAUUACUGAUGUGAAUUAAUUUCAUUCAAAAAUAAAUAAAAAUGUCUGUGAAUAUGU